CUCGGUGGCGCCAUGCGGGGCGGGCGGUGCUGGCUGCUGCUGGCAGCGUUGGGUUGGCUGCUGGCGGCUGGGGCCGCGGCCAGCGGCGAGUACUGCCACGGCUGGCUGGACGGGCAGGGCGGCUGGCGGGACGGCUUCCAGUGCCCCGAGCGCUUCGACGGCGGCGACGCCACAAUCUGCUGUGGCAGUUGUGCCCUCCGCUACUGCUGCUCUAGCGCCGAGGCGCGUCUCGACCAGGGAGCCUGCGACAACGACCGGCGGCAGGGCGGCGGCGAAUCGGGCCGCCCCGGCAAGGACGGCCCCGACGGCGCGGCAGUGCCCAUCUACGUGCCAUUCCUUAUUGUUGGAUCUGUAUUUGUCGCCUUCAUCAUCCUGGGGUCGCUGGUGGCAGCUUGCUGCUGCAGAUGCCUGCGGCCCAAGCAGGAGCCCCAGCAGAGCCGAGCCCCUGGGGGCACCCGUCUGAUGGAGACCAUCCCCAUGAUCCCAAGUGCCAGCACCUCCCGGGGCUCCUCCUCCCGCCAGUCAAGCACUGCUGCCAGCUCCAGCUCCAGUGCCAACUCAGGGGCCAGAGCCCCACCAACCAGGUCCCAGACCAACUGCUGCUUGCCGGAAGGGACCAUGAAUAAUGUCUAUGUCAACAUGCCAACAAACUUCUCGGUGCUGAACUGCCAGCAGGCCACCCAGAUCGUGCCACACCAGGGGCAGUUCCUGCACCCUCAGUACGUGGGCUACGCCGUGCAGCAUGACUCGAUGCCGCUGACCCCAGUGCCCCCCUUCCUCGACAGUCUGCAGGGUGGCUACAGGCAGAUCCAGUCUCCCUACCCGCACACCAGCAGUGAACAGAAGAUGUACCCAGCUGUGACUGUGUAGCGCUGGCGCCUUCCUUCCCCUCCCCACCCAGCAGAUUCUUAGUAUCAAAACUGAACAGAUGAGAAAUACUUCCUCGGAAUGAAGCUCCCAGAGAACAUCACUUGUAAAUAAUUCUGCGAGGCUCAUGCAUGUCAGACAGUGUUUAUAAACCAUUUAUUUCCACCGGGGUCCGUGGCCAGAAACAUCAGGAUGAUCUCUCUGCAUUAACGCUGCCAGAUACACUCUCAUUCCAGCACAUGAUUUACGGCGGCGAGGGAUGGCGCUGGCAGUGCAGACGUACUGCAGAUCACUGGACUUGCGAGACAGAUGCUGGAGCCAUCAAGUGCCCUUCAGGUAUGACAUGGUCAGAAGUAUUUGCCUGAUUAAUUUGUAGGAAGAGUUUUGUUACACUACAAGAGUACAGUGCUUAAGACACCUCUUUUCUCCUCUCCCAGCUCCUUAAAGACAUUUCCUGUUGCUUUACAGACAAUCACAACUGAGAGCCGAACGGUGCAGUCCCUGCCUGCCGGGUGCUGGUACCAGCCCCUAGGGCUUCUUAUGCACCCCUGGCUUGGGGUGGAAGGCCGCAAAAGGCUUAGUCUUGCAAAGACCAAUUUUCCUUGUCCCUGGUAUUUAUGUAGGAAUUAGAAGAGUUAAUUAUUUGUCUCUUUCCUCCAGUGCACUUGAAACCCAUCCUGGUUUGGUUUUACCUCAAGAUCAGGACCCGGAAGUGGUUUGUACAGGAUUUGUGAACUUUAUACUGAAAACAGGGUACGAGGUGCUUGCUCUUCCUGAUGCUCAGCAGAGCUUUUGGUACAGCUCACAAAUCUGAGCUGGAGCUGCCUUUGCAGAGAAAGGUCACACUGUGACUCCAAACAUGCCUGAUUUAACCUCACUUCCCAUGAAACAGUAAACCCGUGUGAAUGUGGAGGGGCUGGCAGAGGUUGGAAACCCAUCCCCUUUUCUUCUUUACCCGUGAGGCAGGGGCCAAGGAAGGCACAGCUGUAUUGAAAAAAUAAGGAAAAAGGCACAACCAAAGGAUGAAGGCGCUCCUGGCUCUCUGUGAUGUCACAGGGGUCAGAGAGGAGGCGCAGGGUUGCGCUGGGGAUGCCUUGCCCUGGAGCUGCUGCCUGUGUCUUGCUUUGCUUUAUCCUGGGAAAAGUACAGCUCCAGGUCGAAGAGGCAGCAGCGUGCUGGGAAUAAUCAGACUGUGCUAACUGUAAUAUAUCACCCUGGAUGCAACAAACUAUUUAAGGCUGGUUUUGUCUCUGAAAGAAAUGUAGUCUCUGCAUUUCCAUCCAUGUGUUCUUCAGCCAGAACACCACGACAGAGGACUGAGGGCAUAUACCAAAACCGGGCAAUUGCUGUAACCGGACCAGAGCUGAUGAAAGGCUUCUUAUUGUCUGAUACUGUAUCAGUAUGUAGCAAUAACUGUGUUACUACGAUUUUUUGUAUGUCUGUUUCUAAAGUACACAUCCGUGUGUUGCCAAAUCCAAUGGUUUACUUGUAAACAUGCCACACACAGGCAGGCUGCAGUGGGCAGAAAUGGUUUGACCACUGAGGUAGGAAGAUGAAUAGGCAAUUUAUCCCAGAUCUGCUGCUCCUGGCUGUGAUCGCUCCGUUGGUGUGCAGGACCUGGACAGAAAGAUUGGCUUGUGAGAGCCAGCUGCCCCUCCAGCCAGGCUGGGCGACUUUGGCAAGGCAGUGACUGGCUGCUGGAGGUGUUGGGAGACUUCUCUGCUCUGCCUCCACAGCUCAGUGCUCAGGGCAUCUUCAAAGUCAGUAGGUGCACCUGAGCUGGGUGUUGCUAGGCUUUUGAAAGGACCCAAUGGGCCCUCGGAUUUUGUGGGGAUUUAGGUUUCUACCUGCUGACAUUGCAGCUUAGUCACGCUGACCAAAGCUGAGUUGGCUUUGGGUGUAGGGGCUUAGAAAAGGCUUUGGCAGGAGAUGGCAGGAUGUGCUUGGCCUCAGGUGAGACCUGGUCUGUUACUGUGUGGCCAGCCAACAAGCCCAUCCAUGUAUUGAUGGUCUUCCCCAGCUGUGAACUAAGUCAGCUCCCACCCGCUGCUCCUCUUCCGCCAGCGCACACUGCCUGCCUUGCUCACGCCUAGGCAAGGACACUUCCUCUGACCUAUGAAAUUCAGGUGAAGCUCUUUGUAUAUUGUUUACUUGUUUAAAAUAAUAAUAACGAAAGAAUAAGUUAAAUUUAAGUCUGUAGAAAUUAAUUUACAGAGAAACCUGAGCUGUAAUAAAAGGAAGCUUGUGAGACGUGGUGGGGGUUUUUAAAUGUUGUGUACAAUAAUGUAAAACCAAUGUUACCAUUUGAUAUAGCUUUUUGA